ACUGCUGUCAUGUCUAGCUCUCAGAAUGUUAAUACAUCAGAAAUUGGUGUUGCCAACCAAUUGGUCCUUGCUGACCUCCGUGAGGGGACUACCGGCCCCAUCACGGUGAUGGUUUGUAGAAAGUGGGACGUCACAAGUGUCAAUGGCCGCUUCAUGAGCACUGAUUAUGUCGUCAGUGAUAUAAAGGGAGGUGUCAUGCAUUGUACCGCCCGGAAUAACAUUGCACAUUACUUCUUUGACAAGCUAAAAGAGGGUGGGGUAUAUUUACUCAAGGGUUUUGUAGUCCAACGUACCGAUCAAUACCGGAUUCUGAAAGACAACCCCUUUGUUAUCGGGUUAAAUGGCUCCACGGUAGUUAUAAAGGUUGACGAUGGCGGUAGUUCAUUCACGCGCUACCCGUUUUUACUUACGCCGUUUGAGGAACUCGAACCAACAGAGGGCAAGUACUUUGUAGAUGUUAUCGGAUAUGUUACUGAGGUGGGGCCGCAGUCUGUGAAAUCAUCGGGUGCUCGCGCGGUUGAGUUCAAUCUAAACAACGAACGCAAUCGCCGAGUUAGAGUAACACUGUGGGGUGAUCUCGGUGAUGUUAUGCUUAAGAAGAAGGCCGAAAACCCGGCUGUCUACUGUCUAAUCCUGACUUCCAUGAGCGCAAAGUUUUACCUGGGUGUCCUUGGUUUGUCCAAUUCAUCGUCAACUAUUCUUAUUGAUUCAUCCGAGGUUCCCGCACUGCAGACUUUUAAGUCGUCUGUGAGCUGUGUUCCUAUUGUAGAUACUAGCGAUCCAGUCACCGAGGAAGUUGUAAGUGUUGGAACUCUACAAGAGCUUGUGGACAGAGUUCGUGCUGACAAAUCCAAGAAAAAGGCCAUUCUUUUCCGGAACGUUGUAGAGAUUACGUCUAUUAGAACCAAGAACAGCUGGUAUCUUUUCGCGUAUUCCGGUAGCCAAUGUCGUAGGGGACUAACAAGAGAGGGCGGUUACUUCAUUUGCAAAGCGUGCAAAUCGAAGGUUGACUAUCCAAGGACGAGGUUUCGGAUUCAAGCGGAUGUAACUGAUGGAACGAUGAGCACCGUUGUCACCCUCUUUGAUGAGGUUGCUGAGCAGUUGGUCAAGAGGACCGCAAAAUCCUUAGUAGAAGAGCAGCUAAAUGAUACUUCUCUAGAUGCUCCCAUAUUACCCUCCGCCCUCGAAUCCCUUAUUGGAACAAAACACACUUUCGAGAUAAAGAGCCACACAUACUACCGUUAUGGAGAAUAUGAGAGCUUCAAUUGUGCGAAGAUUGUCGGCCCUGGUUUGGAUGAUACAGAUGGAAACUCUAAGUGUGUGACGUCGGAUUUGGGUGCCCUGCCAUCUGACUCCCCAAAGCGUGGUUCGAGCCUCCCGCCUCCGACACCCGGAUCUGGACGCAAGCUUAGAAAACUCUACCUUGAAGAAUCGGAUGACGAUGAUGAGGGGGUGUCCGUUGAUCCUGCACAUGUUACAGGUGUGGUUGACAAUAGUGGGGAUGCUAAGAAGGGCUCUCACUGAUAUGGCGGUGGUCAUUUCUCAUUUUCUUCAAUUGUUUGCGCUCUUAUGACUUUUCCUUUUAUGGAUCCAAAUAAUGUUGCAAAAUAUAUGACUUGUGCCCA